UCGUGAAAAGCACGCACACACACUGUAUAACUCGAAUCGAAUGUCUGAGCUUGGCAUUAGUUCUUUCAAAUUACGCAUACGCAGCGUGCGCUGCAGGUUUUCAGCGCUUAUCCACCUGCAAUUGCGUAAUUUCCCGUUUUGGAUCGUCCGUUCUUCUCUCGAUUUCCCAGAUCUGGCUUUUGGGGUCAUCUUGCAAUUUUAGCGUAACGAAAAAGAAAUCAUGUAAAAAAUAAAAUCACAUAAAUAUAGAAACAAAAAUUUUUACAAAAGCUAAGAAAAACCGAAAGUGUUUUCGUUCCACCCCAUCUCUUAGCCCCCGCGUUUAAAAUGUGUGUGCGUUGGCUGAACGAAGCUAAAAAUACGUGAAAACAAAAAAGCAAAUUAAUAUAGUUGAAACUGCCUGUGAAGAAUGUUUGUGUUAACCAAAAACGAAUAUUUAAAUGGAAAAAAUACAUUAAAAAUGUAAAAAAUGAAAGCAGUUAAAUUCUACCUUUUGUUUUGAGAUUCCGUGUCAUAUAAACAAUGAAAGGAAUUCCUUGAAUUUGUUUAAAAUACAAAAUUCAAAGGAAAAGUAAAAUAAAAUAGUUGUAAACAACCUGUGGAGAUGUUACCACAAUUUGUUGAUAUAAAAUUACAUUUUAAUAGUUAGAGGAUUCCAUAAGCAUUUUCAACUGAAAUAUUUGAAUUCUGUUCGACAAAAGAAACCAUGAAAGCGUUUUCCUGAUAUUUUUAGCAAGAAUAUAAAGUUCGUGUGUGACGUAUAUAAAGAUAUAUGUAGUUUAUAUAGUGCGUGAGUGUAUUUAUGUGAAUAAAUUGAUGGCACCUUGAGCCACACCAUAACCACAGCCGAAAUGUGUUCAUGCUGCGAUCGCAAAAACGGUGCGUAGGGAGUCAUGAGCACGCCCACGCCCACGCCCACUCCGGGGGCUGUUCUGGGCCAACAGGUUCCACUGCCCCAUGAAUUGACCGCCGAGUGGACGGUGCGAGCCCAUCUCACUUUUGCCCGAGCUGGUGAGCCGGUGCAAAAGGAGUUUGCUUCCCCGGAGGCUGUGCAUCCCAUGCGCGUGGUCUACAAGUGGUGCACGCCAUGCGAGGAACCCGAAACCGAACAGGAUGCGGACAAGACAGCAGCCACAGCGGGAACCAGCUUCCGUUCCACCAACUCCUCGGCCACCACCAAUGCGGACUCUGCCUUUGGCAGCCCACACGCAUCCAGAGCUCUUCAGAAGCCAUCUGCUGCUGCUGCUGCUGCUGCUCCUCCUGGAGCCACUGCCCAAGUGUGUGGCACUCGCUGCCGGAGCACCUGCAACAUCAUGGUGUCGGCUGUGGCCGAUUUCCUACCCCAUGAAGCGGGAACCGGGACUGUGAAUGAACCCUUUGUCUACCACAGCAAAGUGCGAGCCCAGCAGCUAAGGGAUGCCUUUUCGCAAACGAGCGACACGGAGGAGCAGCCAGCCAAAAGACGUCCGGCUUAUGAGCAACGAAGGGCCACCACCGAAGCACUGAUGAAUUUUGCAAGCAAGCGGCAGGCGGAGGAGGCUAACACUUAUGUGCCAACCUACUCGCCCACGCCCACGACGCCCUCGUCAACAUUUAAAUCGGCUUCGAUGUCAAGAAUCCCACCGCUAGCUGGAAACUUAAGCCAAGGAGCUGUGCCCAGAACACCCAACUUGGGGGAGAAGAAACCGCGCACUGUUCACAUUGAUGUCUACUGCACGGGUUCCGAGGGUGAUGAGGAAGAGGAGGCGGAUGAUGAGAGGCAGGCAGACGAGGAGGCCUCCAGCUCCUCCGAUUCCGAGUUGGCCGGAAGCAAGCGCUACGAACUGGACUCGAAUUCCACACCGCAAACCGUCCUUGACAACGAACAGAUGCUGCUGCGCCAUCAAAGAAUCUCUGGGGGAGCAAUGCCCAGGCGUCUGGCUCAAAAUCAGGCGAAGAAUCCAAUCGGAAGCCAACAACAUGACGAUUUAAAUCUGGGUCAUGCCAUUACAAAGUGCAGCACCGCCGAGGAAGUGUGCGAGUCCAAGCAGCUGCUCUUCCGCAAACACAUUGGCGAUCAGCGGGCGGCCAAGUUGGCUAAUCUGCGCCAGAAAUACAUGCGCCAGCCCAGCGAUGAGACGAUCAGUAGCACUUACCCCAACUCUUCGAGGUCUACGAUGCCCAGGGAUGCCACGUGCAGCAGCAUAUCCAGUGUCAUGGGUGGAACAGAUUGCGUGGACUCGUCGUGGAAGGAAACAGACGAACUGGAUACACCGAUGGCAUCAUUCGGUUUGGCCAAAUCCGAUAGCUUUGAGUAUGAGAACUCGCUCGAUCGCCUGCGAAUUAGCCAGAUGGAGCGACUUUGGUCUCGUCAGCACUCGUUGGACCAGAGUCACAUGCCAACCCACCCGGCAACACCAUCCCCGCAUCCCCUGCAGACAAUCACGGAGGUGCAGUCGCAACGCAGUUCGUUCCAGCGCAGCGACACCAUCCCCUCGGAAUCGGAUGGCUUUUCGGAUGCCAAUGGAUUCAAUACCUAUCCGGGCAGGCAGUCGCAGUUGCAGCAGAUCUCGCAUUUCCCGCGUAAUCGUCCCGGGUUUCUGCAGUUCUUUGGACCCACUGGCGGACCAGGUGGUGCUGCUCAGCCCACACCGCCAGCCACGGCACCCGUUCAACCCGCCGCGGCCGCCACUACGGAUCCGUUCCGGCUUCUCCACCCGAGCUUCCGCUGGAAGAGCGAGGCCCGCGACAACCUCAGCGUGCAGGUGGCCUCCGGAUCACCGUCCUCGGAGCGAAGUUCUCCGCAACUGCUGUCCGCUGCCACCACAGUGGUGCGCUGCGGCAGUGAGGCGCCACCGAGCACCACUUCGGCCAGUACUUUUGGCACCACGGUGACGCCUUCGCCGUUGCCAGUGCGGCGCUUUGAAAUUUCACGCGACAGCCCAAGCCUUGCAAGUGAAGCUUCCACUUCCGUUUCCGGUUACACCCACGAGCAUUUGGAGAAGGCUCGGCGCUUUGGCAAUGUGGUGGCCAUGAGAAAGCCCGGCCACCAUGUGGGUCCCACCAAGAAUCCGAAUUGCCAAUGUGAAAGCUGUCAACGUUGGCUGGCCGAAAGGUUUCAACUUCGCGGUAGAGCCUUCUCACUUGGUGAGAAGCCCUUGAUCAGGCGUCCGCAGUAAAAUAAACAUCAUUGAACCCUUUUGGAUUUAUUAUUAUUUUUCUUUGUCUAAGUCUUGCAUUUAACACAUUGCUUUUGAGAUUGUCAUACUCCCAAUUAACCCAAACCCCAAUCCCGAACCCAAAAACCAUCUUUCUUUCGAUUAGUUGUAAGCCAUGUAAGCGAAUGUUCCUCACACAAACACACAAAUUGUGCGCUGAAUCAAUUUAAUGUUGUAAUAAAGUAAAACAAUAGUUUAAGUUA